UCACAUGCGCGGCUGACAACUCGCGGAAGUUUGUUUUGCAGUUUUGCAGAGAUUGCGAAGCCGCAGAGUUGCAUUGCACUGCAGACGGCGAGCGGAACCCAGGCACAGACUUCCGAAGAGAUUUCAAUGAACAGCUCGAUCCUGCAGACCGAACGAAGCGGGCAACCGGGUGCACGGACGAUGAAGUAUCUGCUGUACCUGCUGUUCCUCUCCUCACUACUAGAUGGCGCUGUGGCGGCAGUGUCCUGCUACAAUGACAAUGGAGAACCAGUCGACUGGUUCUUCCUCUACAAGUUGCCGCGGCCCCGCCAGCGCCCCCUGGAGGACGGCCUGCGCUACAUGUACCUCGACUCGGAGAACCAGGACUGGAGGGAGGGGCGGGGCUUCAUCAACCAGAGCGAGGGAGCCGUAGGGAGGACCCUGGAACAGCUGUACAAACUGGGAGAGAGCAGUGAAGUGGCCUAUGUCCUGUACAAUGACCAGCCACCAAGAAAAGAGAAAGAAAGGAGAGAUGAGAGCAAGUGGAGGACAGGCUAUGAGAAGGGGCACACAAAGGGAGUGGUUCUGUUGGACCGGUCUCAGGGGUUCUGGUUAGUUCACAGCACCCCCCACUUCCCCCCUCCUCUCCCGGGAGAAUUCUCGUACCCCAGCAGCGGAGUGCAUAACGGACAGAGCUUCCUGUGUGUGACCUACAGCUACGCACAGUUCAGCAACAUCAGUGAGCAGGUGUUCCUCAAUCAGCCAGACUGGUUCAAUAUAUCAGUCCCAGAGCCGUUUGCCACGGACUGCCCCGGGCUGCAGAAACUCGCCCAGGAAGAAAGCGUGAAAGCGCCCUGGAAGAGCCAGAGCAGCCUCACCUCACUGGGAGGGACUGCUUUCAUCAGCUUCGCCAAGGCUGCCCAGUUCAACGACGCUCUCUACCACUCCUGGGUCGCUCCGGCUCUGGGUUCAGACUUGCUGGUUCAGUUCUGGCCCAACUCUGCGGGCGUGCUCCCCUCAAACUGCUCCCCCCCGCAGCACGUCCUCAACGUGCAGGAGAUCGGGUUCCCCCCUGGGGCAGGGGCGCCCCCCCCCUUCAGCUCCCACGUGGACCAUUCCAAGUGGUGCGUGAGUGAGGGGGAGGCCGCGGGAGCCUGGACCUGCGUGGGGGACGUGAACCGAGACCAGGGGGAGGAGCGCAGGGGAGGGGGCACCGUGUGCAUUGACAACCGCUUAGUGUGGAAGUCGUACAGGCAGCUGGUGCAGAAGUACAGCAAGUGUGAGGACUGAAGGGAGAGUUAAGAGCGUGUGUCACUGAGGGAGGGGAGACGGGGACAGCGAGUCUUAGGGUAGUACAGGGUCAGUUAGUACAGGUCUCCGUUGGGGAGGUCAAAUCAGCAUUACCUUUUGUAUUAGACUGUGUUUCAUGGAAACUUUUUUUUUUCGUGUGUGUGUGAAGCACUUUGGGAUCCUUGAGAUACAAGGCGCUGUAGAGUGAAUGUGUGUCAGUAUGUAUGGUGUUUGUGUGUGUGUUUGAUAGGUCCCUAAGCUCUCAGGAGGUGUGUAAGUCACUGUGUGUGUGUGUGUGUGAGAGAGACAGUCAAAACUUCUGUUACAUUUGUGUAAUGAUUGACACAGUUUAAAAAAUAAUCCAAUUGCAAAAGUGUGGAAUCAGAAUUGAACCUGUUAAAGAUAAUUGUGGAAAUCAAACUUAACCCUUUAAAUACCAUGCACUGCUGUUAGCUGCUGUAUAAUUCAUCAAAAUUCUUGAACAUUUUAUAAUAAACUAAUUGAACUAAUGGCCA